GCCGUCAUUUUACGACAGAGCAAGGUUGCUUUCUGGCUGUCAGAUUUCCCCACGGUCUGAGUUAGUGGCACUCUCCGUGGUAGGCGCCGGCUACGACGCAGACAUGAGGCAGAAGCGGAAAGGAGAUCUUAGCCACGCAGAGCUGAUGAUGCUGACUAUAGGAGAUGUUAUUAAACAACUGAUAGAAGCCCAUGAGCAGGGGAAAGACAUCAACCUAAAUAAGGUGAAAACCAGAACAGCUGCCAAAUACGGCCUUUCUGCACAGCCCCGCCUGGUGGACAUCAUUGCUGCAGUCCCUCCUCAGUAUCGCAAGGUCUUGGUUCCCAAGUUAAAGGCAAAACCCAUCAGAACUGCCAGUGGGAUUGCUGUUGUGGCUGUGAUGUGCAAACCCCACAGAUGUCCACACAUCAGUUUUACAGGAAACAUAUGUGUAUACUGCCCCGGAGGGCCUGACUCAGACUUUGAGUAUUCAACACAGUCUUAUACUGGAUACGAGCCAACCUCCAUGCGAGCUAUCCGUGCCCGAUAUGACCCUUAUCUGCAGACAAGACACCGAAUAGAACAGUUAAAACAACUUGGGCACAGUGUGGAUAAAGUAGAGUUUAUCGUGAUGGGUGGAACGUUUAUGGCCCUUCCAGAAGAAUACAGAGAUUAUUUUAUUCGAAGUUUACAUGAUGCCUUAUCCGGACAUACUUCUAACAAUAUUUACGAGGCAGUCAAGUAUUCCGAAAGAAGCCUCACAAAGUGCAUCGGGAUUACUAUUGAGACCAGGCCAGAUUACUGCAUGAAGCGCCAUCUAAGUGACAUGCUGACCUACGGCUGCACCAGGCUGGAGAUCGGGGUGCAGAGUGUGUACGAAGAUGUAGCCAGAGACACCAACAGGGGUCACACUGUGAAGGCAGUUUGUGAGUCAUUUCAUCUGGCCAAAGAUUCUGGUUUCAAAGUCGUGGCUCAUAUGAUGCCUGAUCUGCCAAAUGUGGGACUAGAAAGAGACAUGGACCAGUUUACGGAGUUUUUCGAGAAUCCUGCUUUUCGUCCUGAUGGUCUGAAACUCUACCCUACUCUGGUAAUUCGUGGAACUGGACUUUAUGAGCUUUGGAAAUCAGGAAGAUACAAGAGCUAUUCUCCUAGUGACCUGAUCGAACUCGUAGCUCGGAUUCUAGCUCUUGUGCCUCCGUGGACUCGAGUCUACCGGGUGCAGAGGGAUAUUCCAAUGCCCCUGGUCAGCUCCGGCGUGGAGCACGGUAAUCUGAGAGAGCUGGCACUGGCAAGGAUGAGAGACCUUGGAAUACAGUGCCGAGAUGUGAGAACCAGAGAGGUUGGAAUCCAAGAAAUUCAUCACAAAGUACGGCCAUACCAGGUUGAGCUGGUAAGGAGAGAUUAUGUUGCAAAUGGUGGCUGGGAAACAUUCUUGUCCUAUGAAGACCCAGAUCAAGACAUUUUGAUCGGCCUCCUGCGGUUACGAAAGUGUUCGGAGGAAACCUUCCGUUUUGAAUUGGGUGGAGGGGUCUCCAUAGUCCGAGAGCUGCACGUGUAUGGAACUGUAGUGCCUGUGAGCAGUCGGGAUCCUACGAAGUUUCAGCAUCAGGGAUUUGGCAUGCUGCUGAUGGAGGAAGCGGAAAGAAUAGCUAGGGAAGAACAUGGAUCUGGGAAAAUAGCCGUUAUAUCAGGUGUUGGCACCAGGAAUUAUUACAGAAAGAUUGGCUACAGAUUGCAAGGCCCGUACAUGGUGAAGAUGCUGAGGUAAUGGCCACACCAUCCCACCUUUAUGCAGAAGAUGGAGAGUCAGGAUUCCUUGAAUACUCAGCAGAGAGGCUGAGCAGAGCAAACGGACCUACACUGUUCCCCAGCAAGGAGCCUUCACCCUCAUCCUGCAGCUGCAGAAACUGGAAACUGCAUCAAGGCCAGACUGGGCGUCUGCUGACCAAGCCCCUGACUCACCCUCUCCUGUGUGUACCCAAAAAUAUCCCUGCCGUUUUUGAGGCUUAAAUCAUUUGUCCAGUUGCUAAAUUCUGCAUGAGGCUUGCAGGUGACCUGUUUUGACUCAGACACAACAAAAGAAAAUUAAUCAACCCAUUUGGACACCGUCACUCAUGAAUGAACCUGUGACUCGUGUGGGUACCGGCUUAGGAGAAGGCUUUGUCUCUAGGGACAGAAAGAUCGAGCAUAUGGAAACUGUCUGAUCUCUGCCCUUCAAUGACAUACACAUUGGCACAAGGGAAAAUGAGCUUUUGUUGUGAUGGAAAUCAUUCUGGUUACAGUGCUGAUGUUUUGAAGUAACAGCAUGACUGGGAAAGGGGAAUUGCAGCCGUGACUGUAGGCCAGACGGCCACCGUCUGCCAGCCUCGCCCAGGUGGAUCUGCCGUCCAAGACAGGCAAGACAAAGAGGCUCGGUUUCACAGUUUUUACUGUCUGUAAUUCCCACACUCUUGGCAACUGCGGAACAGUGUGGGCAGCCACAAGUGCGGUGCCCAGAAAGCGGUUGGCUUUCCUGCCCAUCUGUCCCGAGCAGGCAGAGUCUGGGGAGAGAGUGUGUGUGUCUGUCUGUCUGUCUGUUGGGGGCAUGUGGCCCUGAGUCGAAGAUCCACUUCCACAAACCUGUUCCCUGAAUUUUCAUUCUUUAAGGCGGAUUUUGGUUUACAGUAAAUGGAAAAAGGUCAAAGUUCAACUCAUGUGAAAGACAAAAAAAUGGAAAACAGUAUUGGCUUCUUCUGAGGCUCAUCUUGUAGCUUUGCCUCUUUGAAAAUGCCAGGAAAUCGAGUUUGGUGAUUUGGCCUGGGGAGGAUCACUUCCUAAAUUAAGGGCAGGACUUAACCUUGGGCCCUUUGGCCUCUAUGGCAUUUUGUAAAGCCUUGGUCAAUGGAAUUGAUUCCUCUAAAAGGUCUGAAAAUAAAGAGUCUUUAACAUA